CUUGGCCACUAUCCCGGUCGAGUCUGCGAACAUCACAACGACCUGCCGCCAGCCAGCCACACAUAUAAGUUGAACACGCGCAUACAUACAAGAUUAUUAUUAUUAAUUAUUACCUAUUGCCAUUUUCAUAUCGAUUGUCGUUGUUCUAGGCAUUCGAUAACUGUAUACAACACGCAUGACGAUAUUAUUCAAAAGUUUUUUGAUUCUCUUUUUCUCUUUACACGCUGACCGUGCAUUUCCGAGUUUUUUUUUCCAAAACGAUUUAUUUUUCAUUUUUUCAUUAACUAAAAAAUCUCGCCGCAAAACAACAACUAAGACCCUCCUCAGUCGUGUACCACCUACACUUGUAUCGAUUACUGUUCAAUAAUGAACGACUACCUGCAGACAAUUAUCAUCGUGGCCGUCGCCAUAGUGUACGUUCAAGCGGAAAAAUCAAAAGUCAUACCACCCUACAUAAAACAAUGCAUACGAAACGACCCAAAGCUCAAUGAAUGUCUCGCAGCGGAAAUCAAUCAUUUAAGACCGUACUUGAAAGAAGGAAUCGAUGAAAUUGAACUACCGCCCGUGGAACCUUUCAGGAUGGAUUCUUUGAGUUUAGCAAUUACCGGUGGAUCUAAUGGCUACAAAAUAACGUUGAGGGAUAUUGAUUUGUUUGGAGCUAGCAAUUUCUCUAUUCAAAAAGUGUUAUUGCGUCCAAAUGCACCAUUUGAAGGUAAAGUCAGAAUUCCAAAAAUGACAAUGGAUGCCAAAUAUGCAAGUACUGGAGUGUUGUUAGUACUGCCUGCUAACGGAAAUGGAUCUUUCCACGCAGAUUUAGGUGAUGUUACCAUUACAGCAAAAGGAAUUUUGUCCAGUUAUUACAAAGAUUCCGAAAAAUAUUACAAUUUAGACUUCUUGGAAGUAGAUUUAGUCAUAAAAAAAGCAUACAUGGUUGUAAGCAGAGUCAAUAACAAUAGGAUAAUUGUUGAAGCUACAAACUUAUUUUUGCGUGAAAAUGGUCAGGAAGUGUUACAAGUAAUGAUGCCUCAACUACGAACAAAAUUGGCAGCAAUUUUCAAGAGGAUAGUCAAUCAGUUACUGACUCACGUUCCCGCAGAUACUUUCUUCAGUAAUUAAAUUACUGUUAUCAUAAAAAGAAAAAAAUACAAUUGCAUGUGAAGAUAUGUUUCACUUUCUCGUAGUUAAGGUAGUUAAGGACUUUUUUUAGACUAAUUUUGUGAAUAACUAUAUUUAUAUCAUUACUUAAAAAAAAAAACUCAUUUACGUUAAUUGUAAUAUAUUAUGUCAUAAAAGAAAUUUGGGCUUUUUUGAAGCAAAUUUCCCAUGCCAUCAAAAAUAUGAUUUAUUUUUAUUUAUCUUAGAUAAUAUAAAGAUAUACCUA